AUGGCACUUCACGUAACAAAGCCCACAAUCUUCAAUUAUUUCUCUAAAAACUUUAAUUUCAAACAAUUUUUCACCUCAUUGCCCCAUGUCUCUUUAGACUCUGUUGCUUAUACAAAACUCAUUCAAUCCUCCACAAAAUCUGGCUCUACAAUCCAUGGCAAGCUCUGCCACGCCCACAUUAUAAAAACUGCCUUUAAAACCAACUUAUUUUUGGUAAAUAAUCUUAUAAAUUUCUACUGUAAAUGCGGCGAAACGCGGUUCGCAUACCAAGUGUUUGAUAGAAUGCCUAAACGAAAUGUUGUGUCUUACAAUCUUUUGAUUUCUGCGUAUACCCAGAUGGGUUUUUAUAAUGAGGCUAUAAAUUUGUUCAAUGAAGCGAGAGUGGAGGGUCUGAAACUUGAUAAGUUUACGUAUGCGGGUGCUAUAGUUGUUUGUGGACAAACUGAGGAUCUUGAACUAGGCAAGUUGGUUCAUGGAAUAGUUAUUGUUGGUGGGUUGGCUGAGCAAGUUUUUGUUAUUAACUCGCUUAUUGACAUGUACUGCAAAUGUGGUGAGGUUGAUCAGGCUAGGCUUUUGUUUGAGAAAUCUUCGGAGUUGGAUGAUGUUUCUUGGAAUUCUUUAAUAUCAGGUUAUGUUCGAAUCGGUGCCAUUGAGGAAACAUUGGGAGUGUUAGUAAAAAUGCAUCGAGAUGGAUUGAAUUUGAACACUUACACGCUGGGUUGUGCUUUGAAGGCAUGUUCUACCAACUUUGAUGAUUCAGUAAAAUAUGGAAGAAUGCUUCAUGGGUAUUCAGCCAAACUUGGGUUAGGUUUGGAUGUUGUUGUUGGGACUGCAUUGCUUGAUAUGUACGUGAAAACCAGGCAUUUGGAUGAAGCAAUGAGAAUUUUUGAAUUUUUGCCCAACUAAAAUGUCAUAAUGUAUAAUGCUAUGAUGGCUGGAUUCAUGCACGCAGAUAUUGUUAGUGAUGAUAGUGCUAAUCGAGCCUUUAACCUUUUCUCUGAGAUGCAAAGGCAAGGGAUCAAGGCCUCGAAAUUUACAUUCUCAAUCAUACUCAAAGCCUGUAAUAUUGUUGAAGCUUUUGAGUAUGGGAAGCAAAUUCAUGCUCAAAUCUACAAGAGAAACUUGUCUGAUGAAUUUAUUGGAAGUGCACUUGUUGAGUUGUACUCUUUAUUAGGGUCAACUGAAGAUGGGAUGAAAUGCUUUAAUUUAAUUCCCAAACUAGAUAUUGUCUCAUGGACGUCCAUGAUUUCUGGCCAUGUUCGAAAUAAACAAUUUGAAAGUGCAUUGGCUCUGUUCCAUGAACUACUGUCAUCUGGAGAGAAAGCAGAUGAAUUCCUAUUAUCUACUAUGUUGGUAGCUUGUGCAGAUUUGGCUGCAGCAAGGUCUGGUGAGCAGCUCCAAGGAUAUGGAAUAAAAAGUGGCACUGGGAACUUCACCGUUGUUCAGAAUUCUCUGAUUUGCAUGUAUGCUAAGUCUGGAGACAGAUUUUCUGCUAAUAAGACCUUUGAAGAGAUAAAGAAUCCUGAUACUGUGUCCUAGUCUAUCAUGAUUUGUAGCAAUGCGCAACAUGGAUGUGCAGGUGAAGCUUUGAAGCUGUUUGAGUUGAUGAAUGAUUUUGGUAUUGCACCCAACCGUACAUUCCUAGGAGUUCUAACUGCCUGUAGUUAUGGUGGACUUAUUGAAGAAGGAUUACAGUAA